CAGCAGAUACAGGUUUAGGACAUGGGGACAUGACGAGGAGAAACAAACUCAUCUUGACUCCCAGGAUAGAGUUACACCGCGGAUUCAUUUCCAACAUGUGAAUUUAUGGAGUUAGGGACCAUGAUGAAGGCGCCUCGUCUUGUUCAGUGCUUUGUGCUGGCGGUCGCUGUUAUCCGGAGUCGCGCGCAGGCAGUGUGUGAGGGCACCGAUAACAAGCUCAGCACCCUGUCAGAUCUGGACCAGCACUACCACACUCUGCGCAAGUUCUACGAGAACUGCGAGGUAGUGAUGGGAAACCUAGAGAUCACCAGCAUCGAGCGGAACCGCAACCUGAACUUUCUCAAGUCGAUCCGCGAGGUGACGGGUUACGUCCUGGUGGCUCUGAACCAGUUUGACUAUCUGCCUCUGGAGAACCUGCGCAUCAUCCGUGGGGCCAAACUGUACGAAGGUCGUUACGCCCUGGCCAUCUUCCUCAACUACAGAAGAGAUGAACACUUUGGUCUACGCCAACUCGGCUUCAACAACCUCACCGAGAUCCUUAACGGUGGUGUGUAUGUGGAUCAGAACAAGUUUUUGUGCCAUGCAGACACCAUCCACUGGCGCGACAUCAUGAGGAACCCUCAGGCCGAGCUGCUGGUGGUGCCGUCCAACAACAGCGGCUACUCUUGCCGACGCUGCCAUCGAUCCUGUAACGGACGCUGUUGGGGACACCAAGAGAAUCAGUGCCAAAUCUUAACGAAGACGGUGUGUGCUGAUCAGUGUGACAGUCGCUGUUUCAGUCCGUACCUCAGUGACUGCUGUCACCGCGAGUGUGCUGGAGGCUGUUUAGGACCCAAACACACCGACUGCUUCGCUUGUACGAACUUUAACGACAGCGGCGCCUGCAUGACUCAGUGUCCUCAACCCUUCAUCUACAACCCAACAAGCUUCCAGCUGGAACACAAUCCCAAAGUCAGAUACAUGUACGGAGCGUUCUGUGUCAAGAAAUGUCCACAUAACUUUGUGGUGGAUCACAGCUCCUGUGUUCGAGCUUGCCCAAGUAACAAGAUGGAGGUGGAGGAGAACCACGUCAGGAUGUGUGUCCCCUGUACGGAUAUCUGUCCUAAAGUGUGUGACGGAAUAGGGACAGGAAGUUUACACACGGCGCAGACCGUCGACUCCAGCAACAUCGACAAGUUCAUCAACUGCACCAAAAUCAACGGCAACCUGAUUUUCCUCGUGACUGGAAUUAAAGGAGACAUGUAUCACGGUAUCAGCGCUUUGGACCCUGAGAGACUCAGUGUGUUCCUCACAGUUAAAGAAAUCACAGGUUUCUUGAACAUCCAGUCGUGGCCCGAGAACAUGACGGACUUCGGCGUGUUCUCUAACCUCAGCAUCAUCGGAGGAAGGACGCUUUAUAGUGGCGUCUCUCUGCUGAUCCUGAAGCAGCGCUGGAUCACGUCCCUCAGCUUCCAGUCUCUGCAGGAGAUCAGCGCCGGGAACGUGUACAUCAGCAACAACAGCCAGCUGUGUUUCUACCACACGCUGAACUGGACCAGGUUUUUUCGCUCGAGCGGUCAGAGAGCGCUGCUGAACAACAACAAGGAGACGCAACAGUGCGUUAAAGAGCAGCGUGUGUGUGACACGCUGUGUUCCGAAGCAGGCUGCUGGGGUCCCGGUCCUGACCAGUGUGUGUCCUGUAGGUUCUACAGUCGUGGGAGGACGUGUGUGAAGUCCUGUAACCUCUACCACGGAGAAUUCAGGGAGUUCAUUAACGGAUCGUUGUGUGUGGCGUGUGACAGCCAGUGUGAGAAAUCUGGAGAUAAAACACUAACCUGUCACGGACCAGGUGCAGAUCAUUGUAUGAAGUGUGUUCAUGUGAAAGACGGACCCAGCUGUGUGGAGAAAUGUCCUGAUGGGCUGCAGGGUGCCGACAGCUUCAUCUUCAAAUACGCUCACAGCAACAACGAGUGCAGACCCUGCCACAGCCACUGCACCCGAGGAUGCACUGGACCUCACAUUCAAGACUGCUUUGGAAUGAUGGACAGGACUCCUCUGAUUGCGGCCGGCGUGAUUGGGAUGAUGUUUGUGCUCGUGAUCGUGGUGCUCGCUUUUGCUGUUUAUAUCAGACGCAAGAGCAUCAAGAAGAAAAGAGUGUUACGGCGCUUUGUGGAAUCUGAGCUCUUGGAGCCUCUUAAAUCCAGUGGAACUGCAGUGACUCAGGCUCAGUUACGCUUACUGAAGGAAACUGAACUCAAGAUGGUUAAAAUCCUGGGAUCUGGAACCUUCAGUACUCUUUACAAGGGCAUCUGGAUACCUGAAGGUGAGAGUGUGAAAAUCCCAGUGGCCAUAAAAGUCCUCACUGAUACAACGGGACCGAACUCCAAAGCAAAGUUCCUAGAUGACGCCGUGAUGAUGUCCAGCAUGGAUCACCCUCACCUGCUGCGUCUGCUGGCGGUGUGUGUGAGCCCCAACGUGCAGCUGGUGACCCAGUUCAUGCCCCACGGCUGCCUGCUGGACUACGUUCACGAGCACAAGGACGACGUCGGCUCUCAGCUGCUGCUCAACUGGUGCGUCCAGAUCGCCAAGGGUAUGAUGUACUUGGAGGAAAGAAGGCUCGUUCAUAGGAACUUGUCUGCCCGUAAUGUCAUGGUGAAAUCCCCCAACCACAUCAAGAUCACCGACUUUGGACUCCCUCAGCUUCUGGGUGCUGACGUGAAGGAGUACAACAAUGACGAAGACAAGGCUCUGAUCAAGUGGAUGGCACUGGAGUGUAUUCACUACAGAAAGUUUACACACCAGAGUGAUGUUUGGAGCUACGGCGUCACCAUCUGGGAGCUGAUGACAUUCGGAGCAAAGCCAUAUGAAGGCGUUCCCAAUCGUGAGAUCCCGGAUAUUCUGGAAAAAGGAGAACGUCUGGCGCAACCUCCUAUAUGCACCAUAGAUGUCUACAUGGUCAUGGUCAAAUGUUGGAUGAUCGAUGCUGACAGUCGGCCCAGGUUUAGAGAGCUCGCUACGGAUUUCUGCAAGAUGGCAAGAGACCCUCAGAGAUACCUAGUCAUCCGGGGGGAUGACUGCAUGAAGCUACCUAGUCCCAACAACACUAAAUUCUUCCACAGUAUUGUGGAUGAGGAUGAACUCGGAGAUGUGAUGGAUGCUGAGGAGUAUUUGGUUCCUCGGGACCUCAAAGCUCCUGUUUCCUCCCAUCAUUCCAGCCCUCAUCUGGACUCCAAACAGGGACCGAGUGACAUGACAACAGGAACACAGAGCUGUGAGGUAGCCACAUCAUCUGGUGAACUGUUUCUCCCCCUGAGGCUUGGCAACGAGGAGCAGCUCUGUCAUGGGAAGCUGAAGAAGAAGCUCAGCACUGCCUUUGUGGAGGACAGCGGCUGUCGACGCUACAGUACAGAUCCUGCUGCGUUCCUGAAAGAAAGAACACAGAGAAGUGCCGAUGAGGAUCAUUGUGCAGCCACCAGGAGUGACAAGAGUUCCUCAGACCCCAUUGAGGAAAAUCCUUUUAUCAUGCACCAGAAAAACAGAGAGAUCCAUGCACUGGACAACCCAGGUUACCAUGGCAACCCUGAUGGACAGCUCAAGAUUGAGGAAGAGAACAUCAAAACUCCUGUAGACCACAACACAGAUGAGCCGAUCCAGGAGCCAGUGAAGAAAAGCAGCAUUUCUGUUCUUCCACUGAUGUCCAGAACAACAAGCAGGACUACAAACAGCCACAUAAACCUCAGCACUCAAACAGAGAGACCCCAUGUUCAUUUUACACUCCCACCUGUUCACCCUCCUAAAAGUGGACCAGUGAGUCAGAAUGGCCAUCAUCUCCAUUCAGGCCACGGUCUAUGUACUGAUCCUCCCAGUAAGUGUAUCCUUCCUUCAGUAACAGGGCAAAUAUGUCAUAUCAGCCACCAAAUCCAGCCUGGUUCUCCUGGUCCAGCUUGUAUCUCACAUCAACAUGAUGGCGUUAAAAGUAGCACCUCUGUUCUACCAGGCCAUGUGGUCCUUCAAAGCAGCACAACACAACCAGGUCAUGCUGGAACAAACAAGAAGUCCUUUCACGCAAACAAUCCAGAAACGCGGCAUUACGGCCUUCCGGCCACUGUUCCACAGCAUCCUCCAGAUCCCUCACUGGUCUGCAGGAACAAUUUCAUCUACAAGCAGAAUGGCCGUGAGAACCCAGAGAACCCUAUGGAAGUCAGCAUAAAGCCAGGAACAUUUUUGCCUCCUCCACCAUACAGACACAGGAACACUGUAGUGUAACAUCUCCAUCAUCCAGAGAAGUUUCUCAGCUUCUUCAACCAGCACGUCAAAGCUAUUACUUUCUUCCUCAGCAGUUCCUGUAACUCACUUGCUGGAACAAUUCCUGCCUUUAAGAGAAGAAAUACCAGGUUCCUCAGCAUCAUCCCAUAAGAUAUACAGUAUAUAUUUACAUCUGUCCAAACAUCUGAGGGAGCAAAUUGUACCUUUUCAGACUCUCCUUCAACCUGUGUGUGGGAAACAUUAAAACUUUGUAAAUUCUGGAAGAUUUUGUGGGAUUUAUAGAAUAUUUUUUAGAAAAUUGAAGGCGACGGAUUGUUUACACAUCGAUCUUAUAUAAUAAAAAGUACUAAAAUUACCUGGAAAUAUAUAUAUAUAUAUAUAUAUAUAUAUAUACUGUAUAUCUUUUUUUUUUUUUGUGCUCCGUGAGGAAGUGUGUGCUGUUCUUAGACAGCAGAGCCUUAAUCAAGAGGCUGGUUAAUCCUCCCUGACUCACUCGUGGAUGUUAUUUAAUAAAAACAUAGAGCGCUUAGGAACGUGAAGAAGGUCUGGCUUUUUAAACGGAUGAUAAUUGAACGUUUUCUCUCAGUGUUGUAAAUCUAUGUGUUACAUGCUGUAUUAUUCCUGGUUGUGGAAACUGGCACAGUGUCUUUUAUGAUGUAUAUUUUUGGAUUAUGAUCAUUACACAAUAAAAUGAUUAUGGUUAAAACGA